CGACUGAGCCACCCAGGACUCUGCCCUUUUCUACCAGGAGAGCACACAGGAGGAAUGGCUGCUGUGUCUCCGACUGCCAGGUGCCAGGAAUCAGUGACAUUCGAGGAUGUGGCCGUGAUUUUCACAGAUGAAGAGUGGAGGCAUCUAGUCCCUAUUCAGAGGGACCUCUACAAGGAGGUGAUGCUGGAAAACUAUAAGAGCAUUGUCUCAUUGGGACUUCCAGUUCCUCGACCUGAUGUCAUUUUUCAGUUGAAGAGAGGGGAUGAGCCUUGGAUAGUUGAUCUUCAUGGAUCUGAGGAGAGAGAAUGUCCAGAGAAUGUCUCUCUAGACUGGGAGACUAAGCCUGAGAUUCACGGUGCUUCAGAAAAAGAAGAAUCAGAAGGAACAGUGAGGGGAAAGCUUGGAGAAGUUCCUGUGUGUCCUAAAUUUGAAGUUCAUGCACUGGAGGGUGAGUCGGAAGCAGGAAAGGAGAGCCCUGCCGUCCAGACCUGCAAGAAGUCCCUUUCCCAGAAGGAAAGCUUGCAGCAAGGGUCUACCCCUCUCAAGAAAAUUCUCACUAAAGAGAGAGACCAGGAAUGCAGCCACUGUGGAAAGACCUUUUUUGACCACUCAUCCCUUAUCCGCCACCAGAGGACUCACACUGGAGAGAAGCCCUAUGACUGUCACGAGUGUGGGAAGGCCUUCAGUCACAGGAGCAGUCUCAGUAGACAUCUGAUGUCUCACACUGGGGAGAGCCCCUACGAAUGCAACGCGUGUGGGAAGGCCUUUUUUGACCGUUCGUCCCUAACUGUCCAUCAGCGAAUUCAUACUGGAGAGAAGCCCUUUAAAUGCAGCGAGUGUGGGAAAGCCUUCUUUGACCGUUCAUCCCUAACCCGACACCAGAGAAUCCAUACUGGAGAAAGCCCUUAUGAAUGUAAUCAGUGUGGGAAAGCCUUUAGCCAGAAAAGUAUUCUUACUCGACAUCAGCUCAUCCACACUGGCAGGAAGCCUUAUGAAUGUAAUGAGUGUGGGAAAGCCUUCUAUGGUGUCUCAUCCCUGAACAGACAUCAGAAAGCUCACACUGGAGAGCCGCACUAUCAGUGCAGUGAGUGUGGGAAAGCUUUCUUUGAUCGCUCAUCCCUUACACAGCAUCAGAAGAUUCACACUGGAGACAAGCCAUAUGAGUGCACCGAAUGUGGGAAAGCCUUUAGCCAGAGAUGCCGGCUUACGCGACAUCAGAGAGUGCAUACAGGAGAGAAACCCUUUGAAUGCAGCGUGUGUGGGAAAGUGUUCAGUUCUAAAUCGUCUGUUAUUCAACAUCAACGGCGUUACGCCAAACAAGGAAUAGACUGAGUUGGUGAAAGCUUUAGUCAAAGGACCUCCAUAGAAACUCAAGAUAGGUCUUCCCCGUCAUAAGCAAAUCCAUCCUUUGAGCAUUCUACCUAUUCUGGCUACUAAUCUCCUUUUCCAUCUCUGCUACCACAGUGUGAAUAAACAUUCUCUACCUACUGUGUUAUAGAACUGACGUGGGAUGCCAGAAGUUAGGAUGUGACUCUAAAGGGCCAACAUUUUGCGGAAGUUUGUCAGACAACAGGAUAAAUAUUAGGAGGUGAUCCUCAGACAUGCCUCUUGUCUGAGGGCCCAUGUAUCACUGCACUUUAAUAACUGGAGGCUUGAACAGGAGGGAAGGCAAAAUUGGAGCAGCACUGUUGUUUCCAGAACAGUUCUUUUUAUUGCUGUGUCCCUUUCUCUGGGAGCUUUUUUGGGCACCAACCUUGUUCUUUGUGUCCCAGCUUUUAGGUCCCUCCUCCUCCUCCUACUACUACUAAUUAGCACUUACUGAGUGCUUAUUAUGGGGUAAGCACUCAGCGGAGAGUUUGGGAAAGAGUAGAUUAUUUGGUCCUCUCACCAACCCUAUGAAGUAGAAGUAGGUACUGUUACUAUCCUCAUUUUACAGGUGAGCAAACUGAAGUUUAUAGGUGUUAAAUAAUUUGCCCAAAGUGACACAGCUAGUAAAAGGUGAAGCUAAUCCUUGAAUACAAGUCUACCUUCAAAGUCUGUUCUCUUAACCAUUAUGCUAUAUGGUUAGUUUAAUAAUUUAUGUACAUGUAUUAUCUCCUCAACUAGAUUGUAAGCACUUGGAGGCAUGACUUAUGUGUCUUUGCAUCUCACACAGUGCCUUGCACAUAAUAGGUGCCCAAUAAAUAUUUAUCUGAAUUAA